AUGGACAUCUUGAAGGUCCACUUCUUCCAUUUCUUCAUCAUUUUUCAUGUCAUAUAUGCCUCAAAUGAUUGCAAAUUUUCAUGGUGCAGCGACAAUGACAUCCUUAUUCGUUUCCCUUUUCAAUUAGGUGAGCAACGACCUUAUUGUGGGUACCCUGGUUUCAAAUUAACAUGUACUAAUGAUAGCAAAACAGUUCUAACGCUUCCAUAUGCGGGAGAAUUCUAUGUCCGCAACAUUGAUUACUUCAGACAACAGAUACAAGUGUAUGACCCUCAUAAUUGCCUUCCAAAACGUCUUCUAAGUCUCAAUCUUUCAGGUUCUCCCUUUAUUGCCGCUUUUGAUCAUAACUACACCUUCUUAAGCUGCCCAACUCAAAACACAGUCACAGGUUCACAAUUCAUUCCCAUUGAUUGUCUUAGCAAUUCUACAUCUUUCGUGUCUGCUAUUCCUUCAGUGAACUUGACCAAUUCAUUGCGGGGUUCUUGCUCUGUUAUUAAGAAGCUCUCAGUUGCAAUUGCAAGGCCAAGACAAUAUGUGGAAAAUUUCAAAGAUGACCUUACUGAAGAUCUUCAAUUAACAUGGUAUGCACCUGAUUGUAGAUAUUGCGAAGCACAAGAGGCCAUGUGUGGAUUUGAGAGCAUAAACAGUAGUCAAGUUCAGUGUUUCUUUGAUUACCAAACGGGUCGUUCACAACACGGUCUUCGAGUUUUUGGAAUCAUCACAUUAUCCAUUGCUGGACCAGCUAUCAUCUGUGCUAUUGGGAUGACAUGCUUCGCGUGCUUAAAGUACAACAGAGGCAUUAGCCCCAGAAUUGCUGCAGCACAGAGGUCAGCAGCAACUGAAAUACCUGCCAUUACCCGGAUGGGGCUUGAUGAGUUUACAAUUGAGUCUUACCAGAAGUUAGUAUUAGGGGAGAGCCGAAGACUGCCAGGACUCAACGAUGGAUGUUGCACGAUAUGCCUGUCAGAGUAUAAAACAAAAGACACAAUCAGAUGCAUUCCAGAAUGUGCACACUGCUUCCAUGCAGAUUGCAUAGAUGAAUGGCUUCGGAUGAACACUACAUGCCCCCUUUGCCGCAACUCUCCAUCUCCUUCUUCUACUGUUCCAGUUGUGUCCAGUAGUGUGACCCUUGAUUGA